AUGGUGGUGGGUAAGAAGAAUCGGGUUGAGGGUGGUGGUGGUGGGAGGCGCGGUGGUGAUGGCGUGGUGGUGGUGGUUGGCCGCGGUGGGGGCAGCGGUGGUGGAGGGAAGAAGAGAAGAGAGAGAGAAGAAGGGGAGGGAAGGAAGAAGGAGGGGGUGGGCAUCGCGGUCGUGGCUGGGUGGUCAGCGCUGGUGCGGUGGUCAGGGGUGGUUGGCAGCGGCGAUGGGUGCAGAGGAAGGGGGAGAGAUGGGGGUGGUGUGGCGGUCGGAGGUGGUUGGGGUGGUGGUGUUGGAGUAGGGAGCAGAGAAGGAGCAGAGGGGGGUUGGGAGGGAAGAGAAUGGGGGCGCGAUGGGGUAGGGUUUCGCGUGACUGAGGGUUAA